CGAGUGAGUGAGACUUCCCAGCUUUGGCCCUUGGGUUCGAUCGACAACGAAAACGACACCCAGCCUUUAACAUCGGGAAGAGGUGAGGCACGGAAGAUCCUUUGAUACCCGAACAUCUCGGGAAGGGGUGUACCACCAUCGCUUAUUAAUUGGCUAGUGUGAUUAAUCCAGCCGUCGGUGUUCUUGUCGGGCUCUGAUCCCGUGUGUGAUAGAUAGACCCACAACACCCAUUGUCGUUUCAACGGAUCCCGUUCAUUUGCUUUUUCUAGAUGUCCUUGGCUAAUCCUAAUCAAUUUGGUGCCCCGAUACAAGACUACAUGGAGCAAGAGGAAGAAUGGGAACGGGAGGGACUCCUGGAUCCCGCAUGGGAAAAGCAACAACGCAAGACAUUCACGGCUUGGGUGAACUCCCAUUUGCGCAAAGCUGGCACCCAGAUCGAGAAUAUCGAGGAGGACUUCCGAAAUGGCCUCAAGUUGAUGCUCUUGCUGGAGGUGAUCUCAGGGGAGACUCUGCCCAAGCCAGACCGAGGCAAGAUGAGAUUCCACAAGAUCGCCAAUGUGAACAAGGCGCUGGAUUUCAUCGCCAGCAAAGGUGUUAAAUUGGUCUCCAUCGGAGCUGAGGAAAUCGUUGACGGAAACGUAAAAAUGACCUUGGGUAUGAUCUGGACCAUCAUUCUCCGAUUCGCCAUCCAAGAUAUCUCCGUCGAAGAGAUGACUGCCAAAGAAGGAUUGUUGUUGUGGUGCCAGAGAAAGACGGCUCCUUACAAGAACGUCAAUGUCCAAAACUUCCAUCUAAGUUGGCGAGAUGGCUUGGCUUUCUGUGCCCUCAUCCAUCGACAUCGGCCAGAUCUGUUGGAUUACUCCAAACUCUCUAAGGACAAUCCCUUGGAAAAUCUGAACCUAGCCUUCGACAUUGCCGAGAAGUACUUGGAUAUCCCCAAAAUGUUGGACGCUGAUGAUCUGUCUUCCUCUGCCAUGCCCGACGAUAGAGCUGUGAUGACUUGUAUUUCCUCCUACUACCACACUUUUUCAGGGGCUCAAAAGGCUGAGAUGGCGGCCAAUCGGAUCUGCAAGGUCCUCAAGGUCAAUCAGGACAACGAAAGGCUAAUGGAGGAAUACGAGCGAUUGGCUAGCGAUUUGUUGGAAUGGAUCCGUCGAACUCUGCCUUGGCUGGAAUCCAGACAAUCCGGGAACUCCUUGGUGGCCGUUCAAAAGAAGCUCGAGGAGUACCGUGAAUACCGCCGCAAACACAAACCGCCUCGUGUCGAGCAAAAAGCUAAAUUGGAGACCAACUUCAACACCCUCCAGACCAAAUUGCGACUCUCCAAUCGCCCUGCUUACAUCCCCACUGAAGGUAAACUCAUCACGGACAUCCAAAGGGCGUGGAACGGUCUUUUGGGGUCCGAAAAGGGCUUUGAAGAAUGGCUCCUAGCCGAGCUGAUGCGUCUCGAGCGUCUCGAGCAUCUGGCCAAGAAAUUCAAGCACAAGGCCGACAUCCACGAAGCCUGGACCUCUGGCAAGGAGGAGAUGCUCUCAUCGCAAGACUACAAGCAUUGUAAGAUCUUCGAGCUCAAGGCCAUGAAGAAGAAGCACGAGGCCUUCGAGAGUGAUCUGGCUGCUCACCAGGAUCGCGUGGAACAGAUUGCGGCCAUCGCUCAAGAGUUGAACGCCCUCGACUAUUGGGACAGUGGCGCAGUGAACCAACGCUGCCAAAAGAUCUGUGAUCAAUGGGACAGGUUGGGAAGUCUCACUCAACAAAGACGACAUGGUAUGGACGAGGCUGAAAAGGUCCUCGAGCGUGUCGACUCGUUGCACUUGGAAUUCGCCAAACGAGCUGCACCCUUCAACAAUUGGUUGGAUGGAACUCGAGAGGACCUCGUGGAUAUGUUCAUUGUUCACACCUUGGACGAGAUCCAAGGCUUGAUUGAUGCUCAUUCGCAGUUCAAGGCCACUUUGGGCGAAGCCGAUAAGGAAUUCCAAUCUAUCAUGACCCUCAUUAAGGAGGUAGAUAGUGUGGCCAGACAAUUCAACGUUCCCGGCGCCACCAUCAACCCCUACACCAACUUGACCGGAAACGACAUCAACUCUAAAUGGAACGAAGUCAAGACCUUGGUACCCCAAAGAGACCAAACUCUCCAAGAUGAGUUGAGGAAGCAGCAAAACAACGAGGCCCUUCGACGUCAAUUUGCCGAUAAGGCCAACCAAGUGGGUCCUUGGAUCGAGAAGCAAAUGGACGCUGUUUCGGCCCUUGGUAUGGGCAUGCAGGGCUCAUUGGAAGAACAGUUGUCUCGCUUGCGCGAAUACGAAGAUGCCGUUUACCAGUUCAAGCCCCAUUUGGAAGAAUUGGAACGCAUCAACCAACAGAUCCAAGAGUCGUUUGUGUUUGAGAAUCGAUACACGCAAUACACAAUGGAAACGCUGCGUGUUGGAUGGGAGCAAUUGGUCACUUCGGUUAACCGUACAAUCAAUGAAGUCGAAAACCAGAUCCUCACCCGAGAUUCCAAAGGAAUCACCCAAGAGCAGCUUAACGAAUUCAGAGCUUCCUUUAAUCACUUUGACAAAGCCCGUGCCGGAAGAUUGGCACCCGAAGAAUUCAAAUCAUGCCUUAUUUCGUUGGGAUACUCGGUUGGACAAGACAAACAGGGAGAAAUUGACUUCCAACGUAUUCUCUCGAUCGUGGACCCGAAUGCUAGUGGAUAUGUUCAAUUUGAUUGCUUCCUGGACUUCAUGACUCGGGAGUCUACGGAUGUGGACACGGCGGAACAAGUUAUCGACUCAUUCAGAAUUCUGGCAGCUGACAAGCCAUACAUCCUGUCAGAGGAGUUGCGAAGAGAAUUGCCGCCCGACCAGGCGGAAUAUUGUAUUCAAAGGAUGCAACCUUAUCAUGGACCCGAUGCCGUCCAAGGAGCAUUAGAUUAUAUGUCCUUUUCCACCGCACUCUAUGGGGAAUCUGACCUGUAAUAUUAAUCGUAUUUCAUCAAUAACAUGUGAUCAGGGCAGUUCAAUAAUUUUAGAAUAAAUGAUUUAAAAGAA